ACAAUCAAUACUACAAUUCCGCAAACGCCAAAAACAAAACAUACCGCAAAUUGCAAAACCAAGAGCUGCGACUUGUGAAUAUUUUACCAGUGUAUUAUACCUUACAAAUUCAUGUUAUGUAGUUCUACGAGAAUUUAAAAAUAGUAUAAAGUUAGUUACAGGAAUAAUCAGGCUUACAGGGAGAAACAUUAUAUUUAAUUUGUUUUUUAAACUUCAUAAAUUUAACCCAACUUACCAUAGCCGGUUAGUAAUUAUUUGUUUAGACUGCUUAAAUUAAACUACUACGUGCUACGAAUUUUCUAAAAAUAUGGUGUUAGCGCAUAAUUUGGAGCACCGCACACAAGAUGUGCAAAUAUCUCAAGAGAUAACAUUUGGUAACAUGAUGCUGUCUACCGAAGUGCUGCAAGGGUUGGCACUUUCUGGUUUCCACAAACCUUCACCUAUUCAACUCCUUGGAAUUCCUAUUGGAAAAUUAGGCCUAGAUUUACUUUUGGAAGCUAAAGCUGGUACUGGGAAAACAGCAGUUUUUUCUAUUUUAGCAUUGGAAAAGAUUAAUAUAAAUUACGGCUUGCAAGCAAUCAUUGUUGCACCAACAAGAGAGAUAGCAGCCCAAAUCUGUGAUGUCUUGAAUCAAAUUGGUUCUAAAAUCAAAGGUUUGAAUGUGAAGUGUUUCAUAGGCGGUUUAUGUGUCAAAGGUGAUAUUGAAAAAGUAAAGGAUAACAAAGUUCACAUUGUAGUUGGUACACCUGGGAGAUUAAAAUCUUUGAUACAAAAUAAACAUUUAAAAGUUGCAUCAGUAAGACUUCUUAUUCUGGAUGAAGCUGAUAAACUUAUGGAAACCUGUUUCAUAAGUGACAUUAAAUUUAUACAUUCAAAACUACCUAAACAAAAACAAGUUGUAUUGAGUAGUGCUACAUUUCCUGACCAUAUAACGGCAGUAAUUGAUCAAUUAGUGCAAGAUGCUCAUCACGUUUGUCCAGCUGCAAAUCAAGUAUUACUUGGUAUCAGUCACAGAGUAACUUAUGUGAAGAGUAAUAUCAAUAGUGUAACACAGACUAACUUAAAAUUUAAAGAGCUCUUGAAAAUUCUCACUGGUAUACAAUUUAAGCAGUGUGUUAUAUUUUGCAAUUAUUUAGCCAGGGUAGAUCAAAUACAUAAAAUGCUCAAGCAAGCAGGAUGGCCAUCUCAGCUUAUUUAUUCUAAGCAACAGCAAACAACCCGCUUAGAAGCCCUCAAAACUUUACAAGACUAUAAAUGUAGGAUUUUAAUAUCAACUGAUCUAGUUUCCAGAGGUAUUGAUGCAAAGAAUGUUGACCUAGUUAUAAAUUUUGAAGCACCAGCCAAUUAUGAGACUUACUUGCAUAGAAUUGGGAGAUCAGGCCGUUUCGGUUCUAUUGGUAUGGCUAUCUCCAUUCUAGGUGAGGGGCCUGAGUGUAAUAAAUUUAUGACAAUGCUUGCACCCAUAAAAGCACUUGAAAUAAAAGAAUUAUGGAGUUUAAAAUCAGUUCAAGAGGAAAAUGUUUGCGAGGAUAAUCCUUUACCAGAAAGGCACCUUGGCAUAGAUGUCAACAAUCAAGUUACUAAUAAUCACCAUCAGGAUUUCUGGAAAUUUUUGAAUUUGAAUGACAAUUUAUUAGAAAAUAUUGAAAGUUUUGACCAGAUUUGCUUGUCAUUUAAAGAAAAUAACACUCAAGAAAUUGAAGAAUUUAAUGAUCUAUUGCAGAGCUUCAACAAUAAUAACAAUGAGAUGAACACAAGCACAACUUUAAAUAAUACUUAUGAGUAUAAGCACUUAAGAUUUGAAAAUGUACCAGUAAAAGAUAUCACACACGAACUUGAGAUGUUUAGGAAAUUAAAAGCAUAUGAUAUAGAUCUUAUCAAUAUUGCCAAGGAUCAGAAUUCAACUGAAGAAGUAAAAGCUAAUCAUAGUAUUAGCAACAAUUUAGAAAAUUGUAAUACUCAAACUACAGAAUCAAGUAGUUGCUAUAAAUCUAUCAAUGCUGAUGACAAUAAUAAUGCAAAUAUGUUUGCCUCACAGCUUCCACAAAAUUUUCAAUCAUCAAAAUAUAAAUAUAAAACCAGAAAUGAACAAAAAUUUAUAAAAAAUUACGAUAAUCAUGAAAUAAAUAUUAAAGAAGAGGAAAGCAUACCAACAAGAAGGGAAAAAUGUAAAUCAUAUAAGGGGGAACAUUUAUCUAGCAAAGAGUUUGUUGUACCAAGUCAGAGUAGUUUGUACAAUAGAAAAAACGAAAAUAAAAGAACAAAAACUAAGAACUGUAGACCAAUUCUAAUAGAUCAAGAUGAAUCAACUAGUAAUGCGGCAAAUUAUAAUCGUUGGUAUAAUAGACAUGUACAAAGAAUGCAUCAAAUUGAAAUGUUACUGUACUUGGAAGAAAUAUCCAACCUUUAUUAAAUUUCCAUAUUAAAAUAUUUUUAUUUUAGUAAACUAAUGUGUAUAAAUGAUCUGUCAGAACUGUUGUUAGUCAUUUUAUUAUUUAAAUUAUUUAAAACUAGCUGACCUGACAGACAUUGUUCUGUUCAUAAUAAAAAAUAUGCGGGUGGAAUUUCGUAAAAUCCGUUCAUAGCUGAGCUCUAUUCGGCGAAAGUAAUAUUCCUACCAAAUUUCAAGUCUCUACGGCUUAUUGUUCCAGAGAUAUCGUGAUGAGUGUCUAUAUAUGUGGAAAUCUCUUAUAUAUAUAGAUAUAAAAAUAAAAAUAAAUUUGGUACAUAUAAUAAUUUUUUUAUUUAACCUUAUUAAUAAAUUGUCCUACAAUCUAAAAGAGACUAGAUUUGUAAUAAAUCUUUAGAUUAUAUAAUACUGCAUGUGAACUCUUAGAAUAUGCUUUUUCUGUUAUGGUAACAAUCCUAUCUUGGCAUCCAUUGCAUUACAACCACUGCAAUAAAUAUUGUAAAAAGAGGCGUGAGCACAAACUGAUUGGUUUUAAGAUAUAUCAUUUUGUUAAGUCGCAUAUUACAUCCCCAUUAUCUAG